AUGGAAUCAUUUUUUCAACGUAUGUCGUCGAUUGUUUUACAAAACAAGGACAAAGAAGGUGAAGAUUUGGAUGAAAAUGAAACGUUCCGACAACAGCAUUUUCGACAUUUACAAGAACGUCGACGUUCCGCACCUGAUAUUCGUCGGCGUGGCAUUGUCACUGAACGAUUAGGUAGAGUUCUUGAUCAAAAAGGAACUUCCGAAGAACAAAUUCCAACACAAUUUUCCUCAGCUCCGGUUCAUUGGCGCAGAUAUGUCAAUGCUAACGCAACAUCGGAUGUUGACGGUUCGUCUUCAAUCGUAUCUGAUGGAAAGAAGAAUAUUAUUAUUAUCUCGCCAUUAACUCCGACAUGUCUGUCGAAGAAAUCUAUUGAUCAUGUUCAAAUUCGUCUCUGUCGGUCAUGUUCACCAUCACCUCGUCCGCAACAUCGCGCCAUAACAAAACAAGCAACUAUACACAUUGAUCAUUGUCAUGAUGAGAAUUCUAAUGUGAAUCUAUCGCUAUCCGAUACGACAAAAGCGACAAAUCGCCGUCUUAGUGCUCCUCUUAUUAUUCAUGCGUCGACUCAUUUUCAUCAGCGUAAACAUCGAUCUCCAGUAGUCGAUGAAAAUCUCGAAGAAGCGUUAAUCUUUCCAUUACAGCGUUUAUCAUUGUCAUCGACAACAGGAACUUCUACUCAUCAUAAUAAUAGCGUGAAUAGCAUAGGUACUAGCGCGGGUUCACCGUGUCCAUCGCCACGGCCUGGUAUCCGAUCUUCGUCACUCAAUAUCUCGCCCUCGAAUUCAAUUUAUUUGCCUAGUCCACUAAAUCAUAUUUCAUCAGCGUCCGGUACACCGCCCUCGCAAUUUGCCGUUGGUCCAUCAACAGCGUCGUCACGUGUUAGCAUACCAUCGAACAAUUCAACAUCUCCGAGUGCCGAUAGGAGAAUGUCGUUGCAAAUGCGAGGACGACGACCAUCGAUGUUUGAUCCAAUAGAUCCGAAAGAGUUGCAACAAGCACUCUAUGCAUCGGCAACGACAAAAGGAAACCAUUCUUCGAACGCCAAUACUGAAGAUGACUUAACACAUUCGGUCACACAUCUCUCUAUGGUCUAUGAUCGUGACAGCGAACAUGUUUCUAUCGAUACAUUAGCAUUAGAAAAUCUACAUCUUCUCGAUGGUUACAUAAAUAAUAACAAUGGCGACGUGAUAUCGUUCUACUGUCGUAUUCGUUUAUUACCAGAGAGACGUAGUCUAUUUCAAACGAAAAUCGUUCGUUUGCCACGUCUUCAAACAUCUUACUUAUUCGACAAGAAACAAUUGAAUGAAUUUGAAUUGCCAUAUGAACAGUUAAAUUAUCACGCAAUUGAAAUAUUCCUCUACAAAGUCAGUACAAUCAAACCGUUGUAUAAAGAUGUGCGUAUCGCGUCAGUCAAAUACGAUCUCAACGAAUUAUUUCAAAGUGAUCAAAGUCGACUGAGGAAAAUACUCGAUGAAUGCGAUCCACAUACUACUCAUCAAGAUCCUGAUCUGGGCGAAUUACUUCUCUCAUUAUCCUAUUUACAAAGUGCCGCCAAAUUGUCCGUUGUAAUCAUCGAAGCAAAAAAUCUCCGACCAUUAUCGAUUGAAACCAAAGCAUAUCCCGAUGCUUGUGUCAAAGUUACUCUAUACGAUCGUAAUGGAAAGAAAAUCAAACGAAAAAAGACCAGCGUACAACGUACAUCGGAUUGUCCGACAUUUAACGAAGAGCUUGUGUUCGAACUACGCCGUGAUGUGGCAUCCGAAGCAAUUAUCGAAGUGCGUCUUGUCCACGAUUCCUUAUCGUAUAAAGAACAACUCGGUUCUGUCAUAUUCGGUCCGAUUGUAAAUAAUACAUCGAAAGUGACAAUCUGCGCAGAGAAUGUCUACUGGUCAACGAUUCUGUCUGGUGAAUCAUUGAAUGCCCAAUGGCAAACGUUGAAACCAUCGAUAAGAAUCGAGGAAUCCAAGUGA